AUGGCCGACACACCUCAGCAAGCUACGAGCGCAGGUUCCGGCGGCCUCAGCGACCACACUGGACCAGUUCACGUACUCGACGAGCUCGGCGAUCUUUGGUUUCUCGUUGGCGAGGGGCUGCAGACUGAAGAGAACCCGAGCCCACCCUGGGCGUUUCGCGUCUGCUCCCGGACCGUUGCCCGAUCGUCACCAGUAUUCAAGACGAUGCUUUUUGGUGGGUGGGCCGAGUCAAAGCCUCCGACAGAAUGCCCCAACAAAGAAUGGAUUAUCCGCCUCCCAGAGGACAAGCCCGAAAUUAUGGAAUGUCUACUCCGGGCGAUGCACGGCGACUUCGGCUGUGCAGGCUUCAUCGAUAUGAGACAGCCGUCGCAGGUCGAGAUCAUCUAUCUUACUAUCGAGCAUGCCGACAAGUAUGUCUGCCUCGCAGUGUUGGGUCCUUGGUCAGCCUCGUGGAUUGCCGCUUGUAGUGGUAUGGUCAAAAGCCGAAGCUGGGGCUCAAUUCAUCGAUUGUGCAGUUUAAACGACCGUGAUGCCGAGAUCUACCCCAUGAUGGCUGCCAUCACCUACAUGCUCGGCAGCACCGAAGUUUACUCUAGAGUUAUGCUUUACAUGGCGGACUGCUACCCCCUUUACAGUCGCAAAGCGACGCUGUAUUUUGCACGCUGUGAAGCGUUCAUUCCUGAUCUCAAGGAUAUCAUCAAGAGCCAUCGCAGAGCGCUGCUUACCGCGGUGCUUGAGCCUGCACAAGACAUGGUCUUUGAACUCGAGAACGGCGACCCGGAAUUUCCGACUGCCCAUGUCAUGACGCACGAAUGCAACACCGAGGACGAGGAGGCAGAAUGCGCAUCGCGCAACCACGCCGUCAUGCUUCACUGGCUGCAGCACUAUAACCUCUGGCCCUUGCCAAGCCCUGCAGAUGCGCACCGCUUGCCCGGUGUCAUUGCGGCGAGUCUCAAGGAUGUUUUCCGCGAUGGCCGCCCGAGCGACUCGGGACCAGCUGGAGAGUUUGAGUUCCACUGCCCGGUACAAGAAUCAGAGUGCGGCUCAUGCCCAUGGACAAAUAGUGAUGGAUUCGCCUUUGAAGAGGAGUAUGAUCGCUUUGAGUGCACUUUGAGCACAGGCGAGCUCCGUUUCAUGGCGCGCCAGAGACGACUGCUCAACACCCGGUGGUCGUACAAAUUGUGA